CUCGCUCCAUCCCCAACAUCCCCGGCGCCGGGGGGAAAAGCUACCAGGGAUGCGUCUCGUCAGCCUCGCGCGCGCGGCCCCUCGCGUCCGCGCGGCGUCGACGGCGGCCACCCCCACCCUGGCGGCGGCGCUGAAGGUGGGCGACGCGCUGCGCCCGCGCCGGCGGCGGUUCACGGAGGAGGACGUGGCGGCGUACGCGGGGGUGAGCGGCGACCGCAACCCCGUGCACCUAGACGACGCCUUCGCGCGCGGGACGGGCGGCUUCCAGCGCGGCCGCGUGGUGCACGGCAUGCUCGUCGCCUCCCUCUUCCCCGCCCUCAUCGCCUCCCACUUCCCUGGAGCCGUGUACGCGAGCCAGUCCCUCAAGUUCGCGGCGCCGGUGCACGUCGGGGACGAGGUGGUCGCGCAGGUGCAGGCGCUCCACAUCAAGGCCACCGGCGCAAGGCACAUCGUCAAGUUCGCCACCAGGUGCUUCAUGGACGACGAGGAGACUCUCGCCAUCGACGGCGAGGCCAUGGCUUUUCUGCCCACACUGCAGCUCAGCACAGAGGCAAUCGAGUGACAAGUUUCAGGAAAGUGGGAGAAGGAACAAUGGAGCGUGAGAAGUAAGGCGGGGGAUAAUAUGCGGGAGUAGCAAAGACAGUGAUCCCAUAUUGGCUGUAACCUGAGAAGAUGUGUUCCCUCUUUCCCUCCAAAACUGAGCAGAAGCAAGUUGUACUGAGCAAAAGGAGAGCAAACAGUAAGCAUCAACCCCGUGGUAUUCCUUCAAAAAUUUAAACUUUAAACAGCACACUUCAGAUGUCUAAUGGACAAUUUUUACAUCUGGACUCACUUCUGAAAACUCAAAAUAUUUCAAAAUCACAUACAUACCACUUCAAGGAGAAAAAACAAUAGAAUUGAUGACCGCCUGUAGGACUGACUGGAAAUGAGACAUAGAAGUAUAAACGUGUAGCAGGACCAGUAGGCAUUGUUGGCACCCUGAUAACAUUAUACUCCAUCUCAAAUGUAGUGCUGUUCUGGCUCACACUGGUGGACCGAUCAGUGGUGUAGGCGUCAUAGCUCAAGUUCGGGUCAUCGCCGCUGCUACCGCCGUGGAAGCCAUUGUUUGUGUUGCCUCCAACACGCCCAUUCUCUAGCUCGACAUAUUCCUGCAAUUGUGCCACCACAUCGGUCAUGUGGGACGCUGCACCGAGGCUUGUGCGCAACCUUCCACACAUUUGAAUAUAUAUUACUCCCUCCGUCCUAUAAUAUAAGAGCGUUUUUUAUGGGACGGAGGGAGUACUAGUUUGCUGUGGAAGCCUCGAUCUAUUCAAGAGUUUGCUGUGGAAGCCUCGGACACGUGGGACGCUGCAAACUAGUAAUAUAAUCUGGAUUCACAUACGUACCUUGUGCAGAUUCAAGUGCGAUGCGGAGUCUCUGUGUCCAAGUCAAACAUGCUCCAUUGCGGUUGCUUCCUGCAAGUAGAUUGCACUGGAACGUGAAUACCAAUUUUUUUUUUCAGUUCGAAGUGCUCAAGUAAUAAUAAUAUCGCCUCGUAGGAAUUCAAGAAUAGAGCUAAUGUUUUCUCUGAAGAAACACCGAACAGUCUGAGCUAUAAUGUUACAAGACUUGCAUACCUUCAAUGUGCUCUUGCAGUGUUCCUUCAGACAUGUACUCAUAGACGAGUGCCAUGUACUCCCCAUCCUUGCAGUAGCCUAUCAUGGAGACAAGAUUCUUGUGAUGAAUCCGGGACAAAAUUUGAGCCUGCACGAUGUUCAUAACUUGUCCAAUUUCAGUCCUUAAUUUCAUACACACAUUUGUGCCCUUGAACAUAAAGUGCAGUGAAAAAGAAUCUACCUCUGCGAGGAACUCCUUGACUGGAAGAAUGCGACCGCAACUUCACUGCUACCUGGGUGCCGUCCUCCAAGAAGCCGUCGUAGAUGUACCCGAACCCUCCCCGACCAAGCACUCGCUGGAAGUUGUUUGUUAUCAUCUGAAGCUCCUUGUAUGUGAACCGGCAGUUCUCGAGUCGCAACGAGCCAUCCACAGACACCGUUUACCAUUGCAUAGCUCGUCGUCAUCUCAUUUUGGGGUUUCACGGAGUUGCUCACUGAUCCUUCAUAGAAAAAAGAUGGCACAUCUAACGUCAACUAUGUUCUCUCAUGUGAAAAAAGGUCAGAGAAUUGUCGUGCUCAUGCCAAAGCCUCACCUGGCCUUUUUCGUCUUACAAAACAAAAAAGUAGUACCACCAAUAGUAUCACGAGAAUCACAGCCACAGGAACUGCAAUGUAAAUGGCCAACAUGUUGCUCCUUGUAGUUUUAGCAGGCUGGCAUGAAUGGCCGUUGGUGCACAGGUUUGGAUUGUUGCCAUAUCUAACCAAAAAACCAACAUGCUUAAUGAAAUUUAUCUACUUUUACACAUGAGCUAUACAGAAUUGGGGCAAACUUACCUUAGAAUCAGGGAGCCAUCUUGAACUCUUUUGAGAAGUCCAGAGGGAAUUGAUCCACUGAGCUGGUUGGCUGACAACUACUCUGAAACCACCUUUAUUCAAGAACAAGAAAACUACACAUAAAUCUUCUCCAAAAACAAAGAAACUAUAAACGAGGCCAAAAUAGACUGAGAACUCCCCUCACAAGUAUUUGACAGCCUUGAGAUCGGCAAACGAAGCCAAUAUAUCAGCACCGAUGCCACUGGGGGACAGGUUUCUGCACAACGUAAAUAGCCCAGUGGAGCAGUUUCAUGUAGUCAUGUAAUAUACUCCAAUAUAUCUCCGUUAAUUCUGUCACCAACAAAGUCAGUACAGUACUACUCCCUCUGUACGCUAAUGUAAGAUGUUUUUUGCUUUCUUCUAAUUCGAAUGUAUAUAUGUUAUUUCGAGAUUCGAAGAAGCAAGCAAGUUUUUCAUAUAGUUGUUUUUGUGUAGUGAUCUCUGUUCAUGGAGAUCACGAGGCCACUGAUACCCCAUGUGGAUAGGUGGGAUAGAAGAGUGGGCAUGUGGGCUUCUAUCAAAAGA